AUGUCUGUGCAUCUGCAAUGGAUGGUCGUUCGGAAAUGCUCCAGUUUCCUCAUCAAGAGGAAAAAGCAGACGUACAGCACUGAGCCCAAUAAUCUGAAGGCCCGCAACUCUUUCCGCUACAACGGGCUGAUUCACUGCGAGACUGUGGGAGUGGAGACCACAGCCGAAGGCAAAGGGGUCGUGGUGGUCAUGAAAUGCAGAUCGGGUCAGCGAAGACCAUCCACUUCUUAUGUAAAGACCACCAUCAACAAGAAUGCAUGGGCCACCCUCAGCAGCAUCAGGCACGUGAUCCAAAAGAACAAGUACCGCCCUGAUCUGUGCAUGGCAGUCAUCCGCAGGGCCAGGGCCAUCCUUCCAAGCCAGAAGCCCAUGGUGGUGAAGAGGAAACGGCCCUGUCCAACCAGGAGCUCCUGA